AUGGUCGCUGAUGCCAUGCCAAAAUUCGCUGUUCUUAUCGACGCAGACAAUGCGCGUCAUUCCAACAUCCAUCGCCUGCUCGCCGAAAUUGCAAAAUACGGAACAGUUCACGCAAAGCGAGCAUAUGGAGACUGGAGCAGUCAAUAUCUCAUAGGCUGGAAGGACCAACUUCUUCAUCACUCAAUCCAACCCAUACAACAAUUUGCGUAUACUCAGGGCAAAAAUGCUACAGACUCAGCCAUGAUCAUCGACGCCAUGGACCUUCUUUAUACUAGCCGCUAUGAUGGCUUUUGCCUUGUCUCCAGCGACAGUGACUUUACCAAAUUAGCCUCUCGUAUCCGCGAAUCCGGACUUGUGGUCUAUGGUUUCGGCGAGCAAAAGACGCCAAAGCCUUUUGUUGCUGCCUGCGAUAAAUUCAUCUAUACCGAAAACCUCGUGCAUGUUGAUGAGCUGAAGCCACAUGCCACUAGUAUACGCGCACCUGAGCACCCUGUAGCCGUCAAGAAAGUACAAAUCGACGAACCCCUAGCCACUCAGCUACGAACGUCGGUAGAAGCAGUCUCCGGUGACGACGGAUGGGCUAGCCUCUCCGCAGUUGGCUAUCUUCUAACUAAAAAACAUCCGGACUUUGACCCCCGUAGUCACGGAUAUCAUAAGCUCAGUGAUCUGAUGGCCGCCUCUUCUUUGUUCGAAACCAGUUUCCACCCUCACCCACAUAAGCCGUCUGCUGAGGUUUAUGUCCGCGACACACGCCGAAAGUCGAGCUAA